AUGUGGACGAGUCUCAUAUUAUCAAUGCUCCUGCUGCAUUGCCUGGUUGCAUUGCCAGCUCCUGAACCGAAAGACCUGGAUUCUUGGAGUGCGGAUACAGCCUCGCAAGAAGUGGAUAACUCGGUUAUGCUUGAAAACCAAAACGAUUCCACAUGCGUCACCCAAGUGUUUUGUUAUAUAGUUAAUGAGUCAAAGAGAGUACUAGUUCAAGGCUGCAAAAGCGGACACAGUACCUACAGUAUCAGCUUGAAGGUUUGCACAGCGACCAAGCCGGAUGGAAGUGUGGAGGCUACCGCAGAGGCGACCUCAACCACUGUGGCCACCACUGCUGCUACCAAAACCACCGUGACCACCACAACCGAUAGUACGAACACAUCCGAGCCCUGGAGUGCUGAGGCCACCUGCUUGACUGCCACCAAAAGCACUGUGCUUCAAAACCAAGACGAUCCGACCUGCACCACGUAA